AUGGAUGAUUUUAAACGGUCUAAAUCCCCUUUAGGAAGAUGUCUGGAGAAACGGCAGUGGGGCAGUGAGACUGAUAUUCCACAAUCUUCACUGCCACCGAUUUCAAGCAACGACACGAGAAAGAACAAUAACUACAAGUGGAUACCGAAUAACAGCAGUGGGAAACAAUUGUAUUCCAACAGACCACCGACCCCCAGUCCGGGUAGAAACCCUGAUUCAGUCUUUUCUUUCGGUAGAACAUCCAGAAUUUCACCUUCUAACUUAUCACACAGACUCUCUCUCAGCUUGGAUUUAAGGCCGAUUAUUGGUGGUGCUGACCUGCGCCGGCACAGCGCUGGAUUUGCGGAUUCUUCUCCCGAGGUUGAAUACAGUCCACGACUGUGUGCACGAAGUCUUCCACCGAGUCCAAGAUUGCAUCGUAACCAGAGGAUUCACCAUCGGAAUUUAAGGCGAAUGUCGAGCGACUCUGAACAGGGUGACUCAAAAGAAGAUCGCAUCAUAAAUUGGAUACGUGAUGUCUCAGAAAAAACUCAAGGUCACUCUCAAACUCAAAGCUUUGACGAUGACGAAGAAACUUUGUUUGAUUACCCUAUGGAGAAAAAUGACGAUUUAGGUUUUAAUAGUGUUAAUGGCCUUCCUGUGAUUCAAGAAGGGCGAAAAACUUAG